GAAAUGUUUAUGCGAACAGCUUGUGCUUGAAAUGUCGAUGUUAAAACUAGCAAGAAAUACUUGUAGGAAACGUCGUCGCAUCCAAUUUCAUUUCGUAAUUGGAAUUUUCAUUUUGUUUUCAUUUGGCUUCGUCUACCGAAGAUUGACAAAUACUCCUUCCUUUGCUAACGGUUUGUCAAACCCCACCCAGACAUUGAAAGACAAUGAAACCGAGAAGGCUGAAAUUAGAUUUACCAAAGAAAUAGAAGAGGAUAGAAGCAUUAUUGCUUGCAAAGUUCCUAACGUAGAUCCAUUCCAUCCGAGUGUGGUUAAGUUUAUAAGGGAUGUUGGAAAACUAAAUUGCCAAGGACCGAGGUUUUCAAGUUAUGACAACAACGUGCUUCGGAUUGAAGGCCAAGGGCUUGUUUCUGCGCAGUACAGAAAGAUUUUACGGGCUCCUGGAAACGACUUCAGUGUUGUGUUAUCGGAUCCUGUAAACAUUCAAAACGAAACAAGCGAUCAGAAAGGUAGUUUUCAUGGUGAAGCAGCGGUGGAUCACGACUUUAUCCGAGUCGAGGUCGUGACGUCUUCGGGAGCCACGAAAAGUGACGUACACAUGCACGUGUUUCCUAAACAGGAAGUUCUCAAAAGGGAACAGAAACCUGGCGGUAUUCCACUAAAUGUUGCGCUAGUUAUGUUUGACUCUACUUCAACUGCUAACUUUAAACGAAAAUUACCCAAAAGCUGGAAACAUUUGACUACGAAUUUAAACUCUAUUGUUAUGCGAGGUGAGACAAUCGUAGGAGAUGGCACCGCUUCCCAGCUGGUUGCAAUGUUAACUGGUUUACCGGAGAAAAACCAACAGGAUGCACGAAAAAGAAAAAGUUCAUCGAAAACUGUCGACAGCUGGCGGUGGAUUUUUAAAGAUCUAAAAGAAAAAGGAUACGCCACUUGUUUUUCAGAAGAUUCACCAGGAACUGCAGCGUUCAAUUAUCGCUUAAACGGUUUCCGAGACCCUCCUACUGACCAUUACGGCAGACCAUUCUGGAUGGAGGCAGACAAACUUUUGAGAGCACAUUGUGUCAAUAGCCGAGCAUCUCACAAUGUAUCUUUUGAAUAUCUACUGAGUUUCUUCCGUAGAUAUAGGGAUCGGCCGAGGUUUGCGUUCGCCUCGCACUGUGCAAUUUCUCAUGAUGACAUAAACACGAUUGGCUACGUAGACGAUGAUCUAAAAAUAUUUCUCGAUGAGUUUGAGAAAGAAUCAUUCUUAGAUAAUACAAUGCUGAUUAUUUUCAGUGACCAUGGAGCGCGCUUCUCAAAUUUGAGGAAAACACUUCAAGGUAAACUCGAAGAAAGGCUUCCAUUUAUGUCAAUCACUUUACCGAAAUGGUUUCAAGUAAAGUACCCAGACCUCAACAAUAAUCUCGUUUACAAUUCGCAUAUUCUUACAUCACCGUUUGACGUUUAUGCUACUCUACGUCACAUUCUUUCAUACCCACAGUAUCCAAGCGGAAUUAUCACUGGUCAGAGCCUUUUUAGCCGAAUUGAGAGGACAAAUCGCACAUGUGCAAGUACAGGUGUAGCAGAUCAUUAUUGCCCUUGUCUUGACUUGGAAGCCGUGUCACUCGAUGAGCCCGUUGUCAAAGAAAUAGCAGCUUUUGUCUUAAAGCAUAUUAAUGAUCUGACGUCACAAACCGAUGAACUAUCAAAACUAUGUCAGCGGUUGCAGUUGAAGGAAAUAAAGAGCGCGUUUCGUGAGAUGCCGAAGGAAGCCAUGCAAAGAUUUCAAAGGUCAAAGCACGCCGCAGAUGACAGAUGUGACAGCUGCGAAGCGCUGUUGGGCCAAAAGACUGAAAACACUCUCGUCAGGGACACCUUAUAUCAGAUACAAUUUACAACAUCUCCGAACGAAGGAUUUUACGAAGUUUCGGUUCGAAUGAAGCAAGGUGUUCCUGAACUUACAGCGGAAAUAAGUCGGAUUGAUGCUUAUAAAAACCAGGCAGACUGUAUCUCACACAAUUUUCCUCUACUUCAGAAAUACUGUUACUGUUCGACAAUUUCUUCAUCUAGGGUGAAAUAAUCAUUUUGCUCUCUAUGAAGACCUUGACUCAAUAGAGUAAACUCGAAAUCUUGGACUAAGGACGUAUAGUAGAUAUUUUUAAGAAAUAGCUGCCUUUCGAAUGCGGAGAUCACGCGUACGCAAAUGACAGACGGUAAAAAUCCGGCUGGGUUUUUUUUUUUCAUUUCAUGGUCAAAUUGCACAGCUAGCCAAUAGGAAUGCGUAAAACCGUUAUCGAUUUUUAUCUAUGGUACACAAAGAUCAUUGCGUCACGAUGCAAAUAUAUAUUAAGCCACUAUGAGGCGGAAAGUGAUAGAACUGGAAAAUAGCGGAAUUUGACUCGUGCAGGCGAGGUAAGAUUUGGAUUCAAGCGGCUAAAUUUGACGAAUUUUGCAAACGGAAAUUCGAUAGACCCGUGAUACUAUUUUGUGCUGUUUUUGUAGGCAAUUUAUACGUUAAUUAUUCUGCGGAGUUGGAUGUUUACCAUAAUUGUGGACCUGGGCUUUUUAAAUAAGAGAAACCUUGCAAUGCUGCAAGACCAGUUAUUACAAGUUCACGACCAUGUUUAACCUGUAGCUUGCAGAGCAGGCGUAAUUUUGACGAGCGAGUGCUCAGUAUUUUCUUAACGAAAAUUAUGGCCGCCAUCUUUGAUUUUAAUGGCAGCGGAAGGCUGGGGAGAGAAAUAAUUUGGUCCAAGGGGCGGUCGACGGUCAAAAAUAAGGAGAGGGGUAAGGUGGGGGAGUUAAAUUCUUGCCCUUUCCCCGCCCCCUACCCCCACCGUCCACUCUAACUCCAAAAUAAACAUGGCCAGUCGGGUAAACGACCGCGUGCUUAUAACGUUAUUUCGCGCUAGCUAAUAGGACGCCUGCUCUUCAGGCUACUGACGGUUCAAUUUUAGGUCUGACGGUAAUAAGGAAGACGUUUCUUCAAUGAGUUUUAGUUAAUGUUAUGUUUUUCAUCGUUUGACAUAAAUUAAAUCCGCAGGUGCAUCUUCUGAAAAACCAGUGGCCUUUUAGAUCUCUGAAAAUCCAGCCCCAGCUAUCGACAGUUGUCGAUGAACUUAUUCCUUUUUGUGCUUUCUGUGACGUUCUUUCCGAAAAACAUCGUAACAAAUUGAGGAGAUUGACCAAAAGCGUUUUCCUCCCAAACCUUUCCAACAAGAUGGUCUGUUGGAGCAAUCUCAGCCAUGUGUGAUGGUAUUAUCUCGUAGUGGUGAUAAUAAAAAUGAUAAAUAAAAAUAGCCACAUACAGAUAGCAACUUUAAAUUUAAA